AUGGCUAGAACUAAGCAAACCGCUAGGAAGUCUACGGGUGGCAAGGCUCCUCGCAAGCAGCUCGCCUCCAAAGCGGCUCGCAAGUCUACUCCCAGUACUGGCGGAAUCAAGAAGCCUCACAGGUAUCGUCCGGGCACCGUCGCUCUGCGUGAGAUUAGACGUUAUCAGAAGAGCACGGAUCUUCUCAUCCGCAAAUUGCCCUUCCAGAGGCUCGUGCGUGAGGUUGCCCAGGACUUCAAAACUGACUUGAGGUUUCAGAGCAGUGCAGUUAUGGCUUUACAGGAGGCCGCGGAAGCUUACCUCGUGGGUCUUUUCGAAGACACAAAUCUUUGCGCAAUUCACGCUAAGCGUGUUACCAUCAUGCCCAAGGAUAUGCAGCUAGCUAGGAGGAUUCGCGGCGAGAGGUCGUAG